CUGCCUCUGCACCACCCCCUUGUUUUCCCCACAGCAACAGGAAAACUGGAGGCCAAAGAGAGCGGCCACAUUCUGUAGGAGAGGAAGGACUCAGAAGUCCAGCAGUACAGUAAGAACAAAGAAGGACACUAAAGGCAAAGGAAUGAGCAAGAAUCAGAAAGAAGUGAAGAAAAUCCAGUCAGUCUAUCUGCAGAACCUGGAGAAAGUGAACCAGGGGAUAAAGCCGGACAAAAAAAGUUGGAAACCUAAGGAAGGAGACUUUGCUGUGCAAACAGCAAUGGAAAAGCCGCGACAGCCUCCCAUAGCUGGACAAGUGGCUAAAAGCUCGGCUCACAGAAUCAGCAGAGACCUGACUUGCUCCAUCUGUUUGGAUCUUUUCAAGCAGCCGGUAUCCUUGCCCUGUGAUCACACCUUUUGCCAGGGUUGCAUUGAGGGUUACUGGGCAGGGCCACGGGGCACCGGGCAAGGUGGAGCCGGCUCCUGCCCUCAGUGCAGGAAGGUGUAUCCCGGACCGAGCUACAGACCCAACCGUAUAGUGGCCAACAUAGUGGAGAGUUACUGUCAGGGUCUGGAGGAGAGCGGGACUGGACCCUGCCUGCCAGAUGCCGGGGUGCCAGAGAGGGCUCCUGCACCGGUUGCACGCUGUAGCCGACACAGGGAGGAGCUGAAACUGUACUGUGAGGAGGACCAGGAGCUGGUGUGUCUGGUGUGUGGCAUCUCCCAGGAGCACAGAAGUCACACCAUGGUGUGUGUCCAGGAGGCAGAACAGAAGUACAGGGCAUCUCUGCACAGCUCAAUGGACUCUUUAAAAGCUGAGCUCAACAUAGCGCUGCAGUGUGACAGAGAAGCUGAAGACGAGGUCAAGAAGCUGAAGGAGCACACCGCUGAUCUGAAGCAGCGCAUCGAAGCCCAGUUCAGCGACCUGCACCAGUUCCUCUACCAGGAGGAGAAACUGCUGCAGGUGAAGCUGAAGACGGAGGAGCGAAGAGAGCUGAUUCGCCUGGAUGAGCACAAGGCCCUGCUGUGCGUGGAGAUCUCGCGUCUGCAGAGGGCCGUCCAUGAGAUAGAGGACAAACUAAAAGAGCAGGACCCAUUCACUCUGCUCCGGAGCAUCAAAGCACUUCUCCAGAGGCCUCCACUCAAGUUUGAGAAACCCGUGUUUACACCGCCCAGUCUGUGUGAGGGCCGGUUUGCAGGGCCCCUACAGUACAGAGUGUGGAAAUCUAUGAAAGGAAGCAUCUAUCCAGUUCCAGCUUCCAUUACAUUUAACUCCAGCACGGCCAACCCCUGGCUCAGUCUGACUUCCUCCCUCACCUGCGUUCGAUACCAGAACUUUAACCACACUGUGGAGGACAAUCCCAACAGGUUUAAUGCCGCCCUGUCGCUGCUGGGUAGCCAGGGCUUCACCCACGGGCGCCACUACUGGGAGAUUGAGGUCUACAGCAGCACAGUCUGGACUGUGGGGGUAGCCCGGGAGUCAGUACCCAGAAAGGGAGUCAUCAAAGCCCUUCCAGCUAACGGCUUCUGGACUAUCUCUCUCUCUUAUGGGAUUCAGUACAUGGCGGGUACGUCCCCUCCAACUGUCCUGUCACUGGAGGAGCCACUGGCCAGGAUCGGUGUGUACGUGGACUACAAGAGGGGCCUGGUGUCCUUCUACAACGCAGAGAGCAUGACACACCUGUACACCUUCAGGGAGACCUUCACUGAAACACUGUAUCCUUAUUUCAACUUGGGCUUCCUGGACAAAGUGCAUGAAAAUGAGCCUCUCAAAGUUUUCUUACCAAAGAUUUAACUGCUGUGAAAAAAAGAGGACAAAGGGUCAAACAGUUACCAAAAAUGACUAGAUAUGCAAAAAAAAAAAUCAUAUGUGAAUAAAAAAGGUUCCUACUGUACAGAUUUGAAACUGUGCACAUGCACUGUGCAGUUUAUCUCAUCAGAAAUCAGAAACACGUGUAUCUAAGCUUUGCUGAGUUUGCAGACUAUGAAUCUACUGUCAACCAUUUCAUUUCAGAGAAGCUGUGCUUCGGUGAAGAAUGUGAAACUGUCUGGUUAUCUGACUGUAGUGACAUUAUUGUAAUGUGCUGUUAUGUAAUCUUCUUUAUGCAUGGUUCAUUAAUUCAUUCAGUACUUUGUUUUUUACUCUGUAAAUAACUGACAUCCUGAAUUAUACUGGAGUCACAACACUUGAUGAUGUGAUGCAUUCAAGGAUCAUGGAGAAACUUUUUAUUUCAUCAUAGCAAACAUUAGGUUUGCACAUACUUAAAUAAAAAUCAAUUUAAAUCA